AGUGAAUUAGCUUCAGGUUGAGGCUUUAAUCUUGUCUUGAUCUUUUCCCCGCCCGCCUCUCCUGGUCCCCCAGUAAUAACUUCCAAGCUCAAGCUUUCUUUUAGUGAAAUAGAAAUUUUACUUGUAUCUAUGAGGUAUGAGUGUUUGACAAGAUUAACCUUCUUGUGCAGUCACCAGGUCGAAGACCGUUGAAUUCACGACGGCAUGAAUGAAUCAUGCUAAUCAUCUUAAUGCUCUUCCAGCAUGUUCAGCACUUUUUCUUUUUUCUUGCUACAUUUUAGAAUUCGUGUAAAAAUCAAAAUCAGUUGUAAAGAGCUGAAUCACAAUCAUUAAUAUCAUAUCGACAUUAAAAAUGGCAUCUUCCGCUGACCGAAUAAGUACAAUUACAAGGGGUCCUGGACGCCUGGCACUUCCUGGAUGGGGCAUUUGCAGAGGUGUUCAAGAUCACCCUCAUAUCUUUUGUGCUGACUUUCGUACUCGAGCUCUUCUCGUUCUUUCGUACCGUAUACCGACUAUGGAAGAAGAACAGCAGCUGGGACUAGUACGGUGGCGGCGUCUAUCUACAGGCAUUAGCUUGUAACGUGGUCAACACCUUGGUGUUUGCGCUCUUGACCUUCUGCGCCGUGAUGGUUCUGACGCUCUGAGCGGCGACCCUCGAACCAGGAGCGCUAUGAUGUCGGAUUCGACUUCGAGCACGACUGGAGCUUCAUCGACGCAUGAAAAUCAGUCCAUAAUAUGAUCGAUUCCCUCCGGCGCUUGCUCCUACCUUUUCUUGCGACGAUUGUGGGCAAAAAAGUUGCUAUCUUCCAGGGCAUCGGGUAUGGCGGGGCAUGCAUUGCCAAAAACUGUAUUGGAUGCACAGCUUUCGCCACAGACUCGCAGCACAUGCAGUGCCCAUGGCUGCAAAUGCUGUUGCGGUGUAUGAGUACGGUUUCGCUUACUUAUCUCUUGUCCAGACUGGUCGCUGUGUUUGUGUUAAGACCUGCACCAUUCUCACUCUACGGAUGAUCUAUUAUAUAUAGGUUAUAAUUAAUUGUUUGAAAGGGCGGUGGCAUAUAGUCCUAACGCAAAAACAAACAUUACGGGUGCUAAGAACAGUAAUAUCAGGGGCAUACACAUGACGCGAGCUCUUGUCAGCUGGAUGGCUCAUCAGCAAGCAUUUAAGCAAAUUGGAGUGCAACUACUCGGCUCCGAUUCUGGAUGUUAACUGCUUGUUUAAUGAGCGAGUCGUGCAACUUUUUGCUUUUUUUGGAAAAUCCAAGAGAAAAGUGGAAGACACGUCGACGAAGACGCAACCCGACAGGAAAGAAGAAGCCGGGAGCGAGAAGAAAGAUCGAUUAUUAAAGAUCGCUGCGUAAGAAAGAUAGCCAUAAAACCGAGUGGGCAUCGAUACUCUUGAAAAGCUCUAUGUGGAUAUGGAUGAUUGCCAUAUUAUCAGGCGAGGCAGUAGUUGAACGUAGACGUAUACAGUAGCACCAACCACCAGCACCAAAAUCAGUCACUCAAUGAUGUUUGCCUAUAAAAUUAUGUUGCUGCAGCAUCAGAAGCAGAGCUAUCAGAUAAGUAAUAAAAGUAGUCCAAGUUAUUUAGCUAUUUGGGUGUUAGUAGAAAGUAUAGUAUGGGCCUCUGGGCAUGGAGUUAAAUAAUGAGCAGUUGGAAUGAACAGAUGAAAGUUUCACGAAUGAGAAUGACAACAACUGACUUGUGCCAUGAGAUUGUGGAGUCGUAGUACUUUCCCACGCUAUGAUUCGUGAAGAUCAGAUUCAAAAACGGAUGAACCAUGAUCAAUUAAGUUUCAUCGAAGAAGGAGGAUGCAUGCUGCAGGUUUCGCAGUUUGAUUGGUCCAUGCACGG